ACGCACGUCGUCGUCGUGCCUACUCAGCAGCGCACAAUCCGGCAAUUUCGCCGCGGACUUCGCCGAUCAGCUCGUCGAAGCAGGAAAGCAAAAGCGACGAUGUCGGCGACCAGCACCGCGCUCCGGCCAGACGAAGACCGGAAGCUCUUCGACGACACGAAGCUCGGCGUCAAGGGCCUCUACGACUCCGGCGUCUCCAAGCUCCCGUCCUUCCUCACCCACGCUCGGAAGUCAUCGGCCGACGGCGUCGACCUCGCGAUCCCGACUGUCGACCUCGGAGCCGUCGUCGGCGGCGGCGGUGGCGGCGGCGGCGGCGGCGAUCUCAGGCGGCGGGUGGUGGAAGGAGUCCGGAGCGCGUGCGAGGGCUGGGGGUUGUUCCAGGUGGUGAACCACGGGAUCCCGGAGGGCGUGCUGGAGGAGAUGAUCGGAGGGGUCCGGGGGUUCCACGAGAGCGAGAGCAGGAGGGACUGGUACUCGCGCGACAAGCGGAGGAAGGUGAUGUACUUCUCGAAUUUCACUCUGUUCAACAUCGCGGCGGCGGACUGGAGGGAUACUCUGAUCUGCGAGAUGGCGCCGAGCCCGCCGGAGCCUCAGGAAUUGCCCGAAUUGUGUAGGGACAUUGUGAUCGAAUUCUCCAAACGAGUGCACGACUUGGGCUUCACGUUGCUGGAGCUGCUAUCAGAGGCACUUGAUCUGAAGCCGAACCACCUGAAGGACAUGCAUUGCGGCGAGGGACUACUCCUCUUGUGCCAGUACUAUCCACCGUGUCCCGAGCCAGAGCAAGCCAUGGCAUGUAACACCCACAACGACGGCGACUUCCUGACCAUACUCCUGCAGGAUCAGCUGGGCGGCCUUCAGUUCCGGCAUGAGGAUCAGUGGGUCAAUGUCCUUCCCCAGAAGGGAGCUUUGCUGGUGAACAUCGGAGACCUUAUGCAGCUGAUUUCGAAUGACAAGUUCAAGAGCGCGAGCCACCGGGUGCUGGCUAAAGCCGCAGGCCCGAGGGUCUCGAUCGCGAGCUUCUUCAGGACGAAUUUCGGAAUCGAGCAGGCCACGAAGCUCUACGGACCCAUCGAAGAGCUAGUGUCUGAAGAGAACCCGCCGCUCUACCGGGAGACCACGGCGCCAGGUUAUCUCUCGUCCUACCACGCCAAGGUCUGCCAGGAAAACAGGCUCGACGCCAUCUCUCCGCUAGCAAGCUUCAGGUUGUGAAUUUGCAUUUGGUAUUUUCCCCGACAAACAUCUUGUAUUGGGUUGACGUCACGUGUCUUCGUAUAAGCAUCCUUUCGUAAUCUUUGACAGGUCGAGUUUAGAUCACUGAAAGAGUUAUUAAUCA